UAAAAAAAUAGGGUUAAUUUUAAAAUCGUUAGUUUGAAUAAUUUUUAAAUUUAAAUCUAUUAUUUAAAUUAUUAUACGAUGUCAGAUGUUACUGUAGACGAAAUCAUAGAUGCGUGUCCUUGCAUUACAAAUAAAAUUAUAGAAUAUUUAGAAAAUUUUCUUUAUUCAAUACAGAAAUUCGAACAUAUGAUUGAUGGCGUUUUGAACUUUAAGGAUUUAAUUAGCGAUGCCAAUAAAAUUCAAGAGUGGCUGGAAAAUUAUAAUAAAGAAGUCACCGACAAAUUUACUGUAGAUGUAGUUUGUUUGGAAAGGAUUAGUGAAGAAAUAGAGGAACUAAAAGUGUUACAAAAUUCUUUACAUGAAAAUAUUGCUGAAAAUGAAAAGAAAGUGGACAUUUUAAAGGGAAAAUUAUCAGCAUUUAACAAGAAGAACGAAAGCCUGGCAGAUAUGCGGGAUGAAAUUCAGAUGUACAAGUUAUUAACUAAUACUAAGUUUAUUUAUAAAGGGUCUAAUGUCAGUGGAUAUAUUGCUGGUAAAAAGAUCGAGUCUUUUGAUAUGGACCCAGAAACUCUAUCAAAGAGUGAUAUAAUAAAUAGUUUAUAUAAUAAAGUGAAAAAUGUUUCUCUUAAUUAAUUUCUGUAUCAUCAUCAUACUUUAUUAUUUGAUUAUUGAACCAUCUUUGUGCCAAUUUCGUAUGUUUGUAAAUAA